AUCAAAGCAAUAGAAGAAAUUCCUGAUAUCCUAACAAGUAAGAAAGAGGUUCAAAGAUUAACAGGAAGUAUUGCGGCUUUGGGGAGGUUUAUUUCCAAAUCUUCGGAGAAGUGCUUUAAAUUUUUCGCAGCACUCAAAAAACAAGAUCAUUUUGAAUGGAACGAAGAUUGUCAGCUGGCUCUCAGAAAUUUGAAAGCUUAUUUGUCAAACCCGCCGCUGCUAGCAAAACCGAAGGAGGGUGAAAAGUUGCUCAUUUAUUUGGCUGUAUCAGAAGUUGCGCAUGGUACCGUACCUAUCGACAAAGCAAAAGCUCAUGCACUUCGCAAAAAAGCUGCCCGUUAUUAUUUACAUCAAGGGAAUAUUUAUCGAAAGAUGUUUGGUGGCCCGUUAGCAAG